AUGAACCUCUUUGACAUCGAGGGGCUGCUUGUAGCAGACAGUCAGGGAGAAAUCCUUUACAGAAGAGUCUUCUCAAAGGAGGAGGAGAUUGCCGCGAAAAUUGCAGAGAAGGCUGCGGGAGAUAGAGAAAGCAUAUCGAUGUUCUAUGACAGGAUUGUUAUGUGCAAGCGACUGGACGAAGUACUUUUAAUCAUAUACUCGCCAAUGGAUGUCAACGAGCCGUUUGUGGGCCAGGUCUUUGACGAGUUUACGGCGGCAUUCAUUGGCAUUGUCAAGACGCCGACGCGGGAAAGGGUGUGGAAGAAGUACGACCAGAUUGUGCUGCUUGUGGCAGAGUUUCUCUAUGAGGGCAUUGUCAUGUCUGGAAAGAGUGACGAGAUGCUCGAUAAAUUGCCGAAAAGAAACUUUGAGGGCGUCGAUGGAAUGAAGGUUCCCAGAGGAUUUGCCUCUUUCCUUCACAAGGCCACCAAGUCCCUUAGUAUAGGCAGCAAUAAAUGA